AUGUCGUCGUCCCUCUACAAGCAGCUGGGCCUUUCUGGAGCCGGCUCCCCGCUCACCGGCCGCCACCUGGCCCUCCUCGUCCUCGGCGCCGUCUUCCUCGCGCUCACCGUCUUCAUCGUGCACCCCAACGAGUUCCGAAUCCAAUCCUUCUUCGCAGGCAGCAGCAGCUGCGGCGGCCGCCCCGGCACGGACGCACCUGCUGCCGCAGUCGCCAGUCCCCAUGGUCACGGUGCCACCACCACGGAGAAGGAGGCCGCCGCAGCACGGGCGCCGGCGCCGGCGCCGGCUCCGGACGACGACGACGUGCGCGUCCUCAUCGGCAUCCUGACGCUGCCGAGCAAGCGCGCGCGGCGGCACCUGCUGCGGGACGUCUACGCGCUGCAGGCGCAGGAGCACCCGUCGGUCGCCGGCGGCGUGGACGUCCGGUUCGUGUUCUGCAACGUGACGUCCGCCGACGACGCGGUGCUCGUGGCGCUGGAGGCCAUCCGCUACGGCGACAUCAUCGUGCUGGACUGCGCGGAGAACAUGGACAACGGCAAGACGUACACCUUCUUCUCCACCGUGGCGCGCUUGUUCAACGGCAGCAGCGACGACCGGCGGCCGAGGAGGUACGACUACGUGAUGAAGGCCGACGACGACACGUACCUGCGUCUGCCGGCGCUGGUGGCGUCGUUGCGCGGCGCGGCGAGGGAGGACGCCUACUACGGGCUGCAGAUGCCGUGCGACACGGAGAACUUCUACCCGUUCCCGCCCUUCAUGUCCGGGAUGGGGUACGCGCUGUCGUGGGACCUGGUGCAGUGGGUGGCGUCCUCGGACCUGGCCCGGCGCGAGCAGGACGGGCCCGAGGACAUGUGUACGGGGCAUUGGCUCAACCUCGCCGGCAAGGCCAAGAACCGGUACGAUAACGCGCCGAGGAUGUACAACUACAAGGGCGCGUCGCCGAACAGCUGCUUCCGGCACGGCUUCGUCCCGGACACCAUCGCCGUGCACAUGCUCAAGGACGACGCAAGGUGGGCCGAGACGCUCGCCUACUUCAACGCCACCGCCGGACUCCCGCGCUCCGGCGGCCUCUACCACCUGCCGGUGCCGGCGGGCAGCCCCUGA